ACGACAGAAAAAAGCUGCAGCUAAACACUAAACUGAGCAAUUAAAGGCUUGUCAUUAAAAGGAGGGGCUAAAAUAAACAACAAACACAAGCGGCAGGAGAAAUCGGAGAAACUAAACUUUGCCUUGUCUCUUCUCUUUUAUAUCCGAGCUCUUGGGGAACGUGCCCUGCGUGCUCCCCAGGGCAGGCCGCCGGCUGUGUGCUGGCCUGAAGGAAAGGGAAGGGCUGAGGGAACCGCAGGCUCGGGCUCAAGCGGAGGGGGAAGGGAGCGGGCUGCGGUGUUCACUUGCUUAGCGGGUUGGCUUCCGCCUCUUCCCCGCAGACGAACUUUUUCGCCCUGGGAUUUUCUCCCCUCCCUGUGGCGGGGCAGGCAGUCGCGGCAGCCGGAGCCAUGGACGGCCCCGCAGCUCCGCAGGGAGGCCUCUCGGUGUCCCAGCAGGUCCGCGUGAUGUUCUACGUCCUGCAGCCCAAUGAAAGCUCCUUCGCCAGCCUUGAGGAGGUGCCCGAUUAUGUGAAUAAGGCGACUCCGCUUUUCAUUGUCUUGAUGCUGUUGGAGUUUGUUGUCAGUUGGGUUUGGAGGCAUGAGGCACCAGGGCGGAUCAAUGAUAGCAUAACUUCUCUUUCUGCAGGAGUCCUGUCUCGACUUCCAGAUGUUGUGUCCAGAAGCCUGGAGUUGACUACCUACAUCUAUGUGUGGGAUAACUACAGACUCUUUGAACUGCUGUGGGACUCACCAUGGACAUGGUAUUUGACAUUCCUAGGAGUAGACUUUGGAUACUACUGGUUCCAUCGCAUGGCCCAUGAGAUUGAUAUAUUGUGGGCAGCACACCAAGUACAUCAUAGUUCUGAAGCUUAUAACUUAUCCACAGCACUGAGACAAUCUGUACUGCAGAGAUACACUUCUUGGGUUUUCUACUUGCCUAUGGCUCUUUUUAUUCCUCCAUCAGUAUAUGCUGUUCAUCUCCAGUUUAAUCUCCUUUACCAGUUUUGGAUACAUACAGAGGUAGUUAACACCCUUGGACCUCUGGAGCUGAUUCUUAAUACUCCCAGUCACCACAGAGUUCACCAUGGCAGAAAUCCUUACUGCAUUGACAAAAAUUAUGGUGGUACCCUCAUUAUUUGGGACAGAAUUUUUGGAACAUUUGUGGCAGAAAAUGAUAAAGUUAUAUAUGGCCUAACACACCCAAUAAAUACAUUUGAACCUGUCAAGGUCCAGUUAUGUCACUUUGCUUAUAUAUGGAGCACAUUUUGGGCCACACCUGGAUUCAGUAAUAAGCUCUCUGUAAUAUUCAAAGGCCCAGGUUGGGGACCAGGAAAACCCAGACUCGGCCUUCCUGAGGAAAUCCCAGUGAUCACGGGAAAAGAGGUUCCAUUCAAUCCCAAAUUGCCAAUAUAUCUUUCUGUCUAUACAGUAGUACAUUUUGCCUUGAUGCUGGGCUUUUAUGUGGACCUGUUUGAGACCCAGGCUACAUUAUCACAGGUAACUCUUCUCCUGAGGAUUGGCUACAUUAUCCUGACAUUGACCUCCAUUGGAUUCCUUAUGGAGCAAAGGCCCAAAGCAGCUAAUUUGGAAGCUGUCCGCUGCUCAGUCUUUCUAGCUCUACACAAACUUAGUUACCUGAAAAUAUACAUUGCUUCCUUGGCAUUUACUUAUGAGGUUUUAUUUUCACUCUGCAUUGCAUUCUGGGGAGUACAAAUUAUGAAGCCACUCAUCUCAAAUACAGCAAAAUAUCACUGAAUUAUGGAAAGAGCCCUUUGGAAUAUGCUUCGAAGUUUCUUGGAAUAAGUUGACGGUGCCUCUUUCUGAAAUGCAAGCAUUUCACAUAGGCUAGGUAGGAAUCAUGAUGUUUUAUGAAGGUUUGAAAGAUGCAUUAAAAAUAAUAAUCUGUUUUUAUUUGAUCUUUUAAAUAUUUAUUCUCCUGCCUACCCAAGUUAAAUUAAGGAUCCUUCUAUUUUUUUCUUGUGCUUUCAUGGCAUUUUUUUUUUAACAUUCAAGGGAUCACAUUCUUAAAAAGCAUAUAAAAAUAAUAGCAUUUUUCAAUCACUUUAUUAGUAUGUAACCAUAUGUGGAAAGCAUUCUUUACAAUAGAAAUAAUUAAAAUCAUAUUUGUUGCAACCUGGUAAUCUCCACAGAGACUAAGUCUAAAAGAAUGUGAAUGUAAAUUUUUCCAUACUGAUUGAAUUACAGUAGAAUCUCAACACCAUGCCCAACUGUGUGUUCAUAACAUAUAGUUACAUAAGGAUGAGUAGUUGAGACAGGAAAAUUAUUACAAACAGCAGGAUAAAAUAACUCUGACUUGCAUUAAUUGAAAUGUUUUCAAUUAACUAGAUGAUAUAUGUGCUGUGUAAUGCAGACUUGCAGUUUAUGUUAAUUUGUUUAAGGAGUAUACCUGCAUUUGCCAACAACUUUAGGGCUGAUCUCACCAACACUGCUCCAUUGACUGAAGAAACUCCUGUCACAAGGUGUUUGCAGGGUCAGGUUGUUAAUUUCUAGUAAUCCCCCCACUCCUCCUGUCAAAGUAAUCCUGAGGGAGAUGGAUCUAUUGUCCUGUCUGAGGUGCUAUUUUGAUUAUUUCUAUUGAUAUAGGAAAACUGUGGAAAAAAAGAAGAGAAGGGAGGCUCUGAACAGCAAGAUUAGCAAAAAUAGAAGAGAAGGGUUGUUUUUCUUUCCUUAUGUUCUUCCAACUUUUAGUCGGUCCAAGACUAAAAAAAGAAAAUACUUAAAAUUAAGUAACUAAAAAACUUUAGGAUGCCUUGCAAGCUUCAAACUGGUAAAAAUACCUGGAUUAAAAUGUAGUUGAAUUGUUUUUUGUUUUUUCAUUUUCUCUACAGUACUAAGAUAUAUUAAUAGAGAGCUUGGAUAUGCAUAAAUAUCCGGAUUUUAGUCAACCCACAGUUUUAGACUUAGGUGUAGCAGAGAAUUGAUGCCAGCAUUUACAAGUUGGAUGCCUCCAAUUGGCCACCUAACUCUAUACUUAAAUAAAAUUGGCUUGAUUUUCAGUGGUGUUGAGUAUCAGGCCUAUUUUUUUUUUUUUAGGUGCCUCCCUUGAGGCACCCAAAUUUGAGGCCAAAAUUUUCAGUCAAUUAGAAAGUCAAAUUGCCUGUGUCUAUCACUUAGGGCUAUGCUAAAUCCCUAAAAUAUGUUUAAUUGGGAAAACAGAUGUCAGUUUGAGUAGAGAUGAGUCUAAGAUGCAAUGUCUGGUUCAGACCUUUCAUAAAGUGUGGGAAUGUUUGAAUCCAGGAUUUUGAUUCAAACCCUCUUCUAAUUUGUAUAAUUAAAAGAUGUACAAAUUGUCCCUUGGAAAUGUUAGAAGAAUUCAUAU